CCUCCAUUCCGUGGCUUCCGUUACCGCCCGCUGCCGUGGAAACCGGGCGGCGACGUGCAACCCCCGCGCCGGGCGGCGCGCUGCGUGACGCGCGGUGCCGGCGGGAUGUGGCGCCGGCGACGCUCCGAGCGGCCGGAUCUACUCCAGCUCUACAACUGUUGACCCAUGCUUGACUGCCCCAAGUGAUCCUGGCAGGAUGACAUCUUCCAGACCCCCUAUCCUUCUGGCACUGGUGUUUUCUUCUUUGUCCCAUGUUCUUUCCCAUUCAAACAGAGAUAUGUGGUUUCAGGAUCUCUUUCCACCUAACGUGUGCCCUAUAAAUGCCAAGACCAACACUUUUUAUGGCAUAAUGUUUGAUGCAGGAAGCACUGGAACCCGGAUCCACAUUUAUACCUUUGUGCAGAAGAGCCCAGAAAUCCUUCCAGAGUUGGAAGGGGAAAUAUUUGAGUCUGUGAAGCCAGGUCUUUCUGCCUAUGCUGAUCAGCCUGAAAAGGGUGCUGAAUCCGUCAAAAGAUUGCUGGACAUGGCCAUAGAUGCUGUGCCACCUCAUCUCUGGAAGAAGACUCCAGUAGUGUUAAAAGCCACAGCUGGACUGCGCUUACUGUCAGAGGAGAAGGCUCAGGCUCUACUUUCGGAGGUGAAAGAAGUCUUUGAGGAGUCACCAUUUCUUGUUCCAGAGGAUAGUGUUAGCAUCAUGGAUGGGUCUUAUGAAGGAAUUUUAGCCUGGAUCACUGUGAACUUUUUGACAGGGCAGCUGUCUGGCCAGAACCAGCACACUGUUGGGACCCUGGACUUGGGAGGAGCCUCAACCCAGAUCACGUUUCUGCCACGGUUUGAGGAAACCUUGAAGGAAAGCCCUAGGGAUUUUCUUACCUCAUUUGAAAUGUUUAACAGCACCUACAAGCUCUAUACGCACAGCUAUUUGGGUUUUGGAUUAAAAGCUGCCAGACUAGCAACUCUUGGAGCUUUGAAUACGGAAGCUGCAGAUGGACAAAUGUUUCGCAGUUCUUGUUUGCCAAAGCAGCUGGAAGCAGAGUGGCACUUUGGGGGAGUGAAGUACCGGUACGCUGGCAACAAAGAAGCAGGAGAAACAGGAUUCAAGCCCUGCUACCUGGAAGUACUGAAGGUUGUCAAAGGAAAACUGCACCAACCAGAUGAGAUUCGUGGAAGUUCCUUCUAUGCUUUCUCCUAUUACUAUGAUCGAGCAGCUGACACCAACCUAAUUGAUUAUGAACAGGGAGGAGUUCUGGAAGUGAGAGAUUUCGAAAGAAAAGCCAAAGAAGUCUGUGAUAACAUGGAGAGGUUCAACUCAGCCAGUCCAUUCCUCUGCAUGGAUCUCACUUACAUCACUGCUUUAUUAAAGGAAGGUUUUGGAUUUAGAGACAACACACUCUUACAGUUAACAAAAAAAGUGAACAACAUAGAGACAAGCUGGACUUUGGGUGCUACCUUUCACUUAUUGCAGUCUCUGGGGAUAACGUAUUGAACUGUGACAUUCCUAUGGAUUUCAGCAUUUCUGAAAGUUUGAGAAAGCAAACUGAAAUCUCCAGGUAUGUUAUCCAGCUGGAGUCAGUCACAGAGUAGAAAAUGGACCAAAGCUAUAAAACAGAUCCUCACCUGGGAUUGGCAUUGCACAUAAUGAAAGUUGCCACAAUAUAAUUGUGAUUGUCAUAAAUAAUCCAGAAGCUGCCUUCUGAAAGUCAAAAGGCCUAAACUCCUGCAGAGUAUCUGCAAGGGACUCAAAGACAGCUUUCACCAGCACAUUCGUAUAGCAUCCCAUUGCUAAAAGCACAGCAUACCUGGGACAUGGUGGUAAACUACAGACGUUAUUUCUACUCCCCCAUUUACUUUAAGCAUACAGUACUGAAGUUUGCUUGCAAGACAUUAAAUACAGAAAUUACAGAUGACACCAACAGUCAUUCAGAGAAAAGUAAACAGUAACUCUGGAUGCUCCCAGCCUCAGUAUUCCAAGUACCCAGCUGUUAGCUAAUAUAUUGCAAGAUGACAUCAGUCUUUCUAUAAGCACUCUUUGGGUAUAGUUUUAGGAAAGAUGUUGGCUGAAACAUAGGCUGUACCACACCAAGCAUUUCUUUAAGCAGUAGUUUCUUAAGCAACAUGUGUGCCGAAUGGUUUGCAUGACUGUCUUUGUGCUGCUCUUUAAAAGUCUGUACUUUUUUUUUUUUUAAAGUCUGUACUGUAUGGCUGCACAUCUGGAUAUCAGGCCUUGAUUCAUUUUAGCAUCUACAGUCGUGACACACAGUUGUGCAGGCACAAAACAAGGCAGCAAGAUACGCACAUAUGCCAGACACAUGAACUCCACUGCCAAAAGAAAUGCUUGCCACAUUAUACCACAAGGAAAUUAAGGAUGCAGUCCGAUAAAGUGUCUGAUUUAAUAGUUCACUUUGCCUUGACCACCUUCUAUUCAAUGCGGAAUAUGGAACUUAAAGAUGAACUUAACACAGUCUUAGGAACAGAGAGGUAUUAUCCUUAUGACUAAAAGCAGCUUUUAUUCACCCCUGCCUUACGACAAAUGCUUUGUUCCUUUCAGGCAUUUGCACUUACACGUAUGCUAUGACACAGCUUUUUCACUUUGGUAAAACCCAAGAUUGCCCUCACGCUACCUUCUCUGGAAACUGGAUUUGAAAAUAAUUGCUAAUGCCCAGCACAAGGAGGAAAUAGCACACUCAAAUCCUAACUAAUCUCACCAAGCAGGUUGGAGUCCUAGGAAUUUGCCUUACUACGAACAUUAGUCAUUUUCCUCUCAUUAGCAGCGCAAGUUUGACGAUGGCUGAUUCAGUUAUCCCAUUUCCCUGCCUCAGGUUUUAUGGCGCUAGGAUGCAAAGCAUACUUUUGAUUGAACAAGUUCAGUCAGCACCAGGAGUCCAAGGGGCAGGGAUGGAGCAGCCUGUAACUGUCCCACUUUUGACACCUUGCUGUAAACUCAGACUGUUUCUUUGGAAUAUGAAAUGAGCAUCCUACUUGUGCUCCUCAUCAGAAUCUGUUAAGAGAUUCAUGUUGGGAAAUGCACUGGUGCCACACCAAACUUCCGUUCCUUCCUCACUACAAAAAUCUGUUUGAGCACAAAGAAAGUAGCCAUGGAGUUCAGCCUCAAUGCUAGUCUCUUCUUAAUGGGAACCUUUCUUAUUCCCCUGGUUAGCAUUUGGCAAAACUUAGUGCAUGGUCUGGUUUCAACAACAAGGUGACCACAAACAUUCAUCUUCUCCUGAACGACCAAUUUUCUUCACCUUUGUAUUCUUUGGAGAACACAAAGAAAGUUGCAGUGGUUAAUAACCAAGUGUGUUACUCCUGGGAAGUAGUGAAUGUAAUGAAUCAAAAGGCCUCCAGUCUGAGCCAGUGCUAUGAUAAACUCUCUUAGCAGAUCUUGAGACCAAGAGCCAUAAGUAGUGAGGCUGUACUUGAAAGACGAAAGGAAGGUGGGGUAUUAUUUUUAAGGCACAAGCAGCAGCGUAUCUGCCAAGUGAGUGCACCCUAGCCUUGAGGAGUACAUAAGGGUUUGGUUUUGUCCUGAGGGAGGAUGUCUAGAAGACAGGUACCAUGUGGAGUAAGUUUCUUUUCUGCAUUCUUUGCCUCAAACUCUGGUACUACAAAUCCUAGGUGGGAGCAUCCGUUAUUCUGUACCAAAGUUGCAUUAAAUCUGAAAGCUCAGGGCCUUCAUUUGUCAGUGGCACAAUUCAUUAACUGAAACUCACCUGCUGCUCUCUAUCAAGGGCCUGAUCCUGCAGUCACAAGAGAAACAAAAACUCAGCUCAAAGGUUUCUUUUACAAGAAAAUGCAGAAUUGAGCCCCUACUGUUUACAUCUGAAUUACUAAAAGUGGGUUGAGGAUAUAGAGAAGCCAGUCGCGUCCUCACACCCUAGUGCAAUGAUAUUAUUUAUUAGCUUAACUAAAGACUAAGCAGCCUUUUAAAGGAAGAGUUCUACUUGCACCACUGAUUUUUAUCGUCUCCUUUGUAAAGUCUCUUAUCCUGACUACCAGGAGCUGCCUAGUAUGUGCGACUGAAGAAGCACAAGUAAUGGCUUUCAGUCCAAAACUUAUGUUUAAUUAUUUGUGGUUUUAAUUCCUGAUACUGGUUACUGUAUCUACAAAUCUUGCCCAGUAGCAGUGCUCACUCAAUGUUUUAAGUCUCAAAUGUCUAAUGCAGGAGGCUGGCAUUUGGAACGUCAUACAGAAUAUCUUGAUUUUCUAUUUUAGUAAUUAAAGCAUUUUUAACAAUA